AUGGCUAAUAGACAUAAAGGUAAAGCCGCCGUCGCCACCGAUGGUGGUGGUGGAAGAGAAGGAAAUGAAGGAUCUGGUGGUGGAAGAGACACGUCUGUCUCUCGUGGAAAAGGAAAUGGCGUUGCCACCACUCUAUCCGACGGCUCUGGUGGUUCACGGACCGUCAGUGCUCGUGGAGGAGGAACCGACAGAAGUGGAGCCGCCGGUUCUCGUGGAAGAGGAGCCGUCGGUUCUCGUGGAAGAGGAGCCGUCGAUUCUCGUGGAAGAGGAGCCGUUGGUUCUUGUAGAAGAGCAACAGCCGUCGGUUCUCAUGAAAGAGUAACCGCCGGAGUUCCAACCUCCACUGAUGCAGGCAGUGUUGGCUCUAAACGUCAAGCCGCUUACCCAUCGACAGUGGAGGUGGUGUUGGGUCCAAACGCAAAGCCACCCUCUGUGAAGGCGGUGGUGGCACUGGAGCCGACGCCGGUGCUUGUACAUCCACCGGCGGUGUACAUGGUGGCUUUGGGACCAGCGGUGGUAGUCCCUCUCAACGAACAACCUCUGCCUCACUGUUUCGGACAGGCCUACCGGCUCAAUGAUGAAGAUGAACUUGAUGCUCUGGAUCUAGAGGAUCAAGACUUUGACCAGCUCCUGGGUAACUUGCUGCAGCUUCUUGGCCGAGAACAGCUGAUGCGUUUGUCUGUGAAUCCAAUUCCCAACCUCAAGUCUAUUUGCUCCACCUCGGCCUAUCCCCACGAUGAGGUCCAGGCCCAUGACACGGUGAAGGUUUUACUAGCGAAGGACAACACGGACUUAGCGACCCGGCCCAAUCAAGACCGGCCCGGCCCAACCCGCCAAGAACACUUGCAACGGACACUUACCUUUUUUGGAAUAUCGCGCAUUGAAGACUAA